GCGGAGCCGCGCUGAGCCCCGCCGGGCCGGGCCGGGCGCGCUGCGGCGGUACGAGCGGGCGGCACGGCUCGGUCCCCGCCUCCCCCUUCCCACCAAAUCCCGGUGUGGGUCGUGUCGUGUGUGUGUCCCCCCGCGCCCCCCCCCCCCCCAACCCCGGCACCCGGCGGCGAGGCGGGGGCCGCGGCAGCCCGGCCAUGCCCCCCGGAGCUUGAGGCCCGCGGCCGCGGGGCGCCCGCAGCAUGCGGAGGAUCCGGCGGCUGGUGCAUCUGGUGCUGUUCUGUCCCCUCUCCAAGGGCCUGCAGGGAGGCCAGAUGGCAGCAGUGCUGCUGUUGCAGGGUCAGAGGGGAAGAAACGAAGCCAGGAAAACAAAAUCACGCUGCGAGCCUCUGAGUUGUUUGCAUGGAGUAUUACCCGUGCGCUUCCAGAGUCGCCUCCCGGGCAUCAAGGUGAAAUACCUGCUGGUGGUGUGGCUGGGCAUCUUCGUGGGCAGCUGGGUGGCAUACAUGCAUUACUCGUCCUACUCCGAGCUCUGCCGCGGCCACGUCUGCCGGAUGAUAAUCUGUGACCAGUACAAGAAAGGAAUCAUUUCUGGCUCCACGUGCAAAGACCUGUGUGAGGAGCGCAGCCUCCUCUUCCAGCACUGCCUCUCCUCCUCUCCCACCCAGCAGGUUUACAGCGGGCUCUGGAGAGAGAGGGAGGUGAUCAUCAAAUGUGGCAUUGAAGAAGCCUUGAAGGCAGACAGUCACCCAGACUCUGUGCCCAAGAGGGACGUGGUCCUCUUUGACAAACCGACACGAGGGACAUCAAUGGAUGAGUUCAAAGAAAUGCUCCUCAACUUCCUGAAGUCCAAGCUGGGAGAUCAGCCUUCUCUUGCAGCCUUGGUGAGCCGGAUCAUCACCACAGCAGAUGUGAACCGGGAUGGGAAAGUGUCUUUAGCAGAGGCCAAAUCCAUCUGGGCGCUACUUCAGCUCAAUGAGUUUCUUCUAAUGCUGUCCUUGCAUGAGAAAGAGCACACUUCCAAGCUGCUGGGGCACUGCGGGGACCUCUACGUCACCGAGAAGAUCCCCCACACCUCCCUCUACGGAGUGGAUGUCCCCCCCUUCCUCCAGUCACUGCUGCCUUCAGUCGUCCACCAAAUCAUCCACCAGUGGUUUGCACCAGCGUGGCCCCGGCGGGCAAAGAUCGCCAUCGGCCUUCUGGAGUUCGUGGAGGAGAUAUUCCACGGGACCUACGGGAACUUCUACAUCUGCGAGACCAGCUUUAAGAACGUGGGCUACAACGACAAAUACGACUUCAAAAUGGUCAACCUGAGGAAGGUGGCAACGGAGAUGACAAUCAGGGGUUUCCUCAAGGGACGUCACUGUGAGCAGAACGUGGACUGCACCUACGGGAAGGACUGCAUGGCGACAUGCGACAAACUCAUGAAGCAGUGCAAAAGCGACGUGGUGCAGCCCAACCUGGCGAAGGUCUGCGGGUUGCUGCAGGACUACUUGCUGUACGGAGCACCGCUGGAGCUGAAAGAAGAGCUGCAGAAACAGCUCCGAACUUGCAUGACCCUCAGUGGCCUGGCCAGCCAGAUGGAAGUGCACCACUCCCUCGUGCUAAACAACCUCAAGACCUUGCUCUGGAAGAAGAUUUCAAACACCAAAUAUUCCUAACGGGGGAAGCACGGCCCUGGAGUUUAGAAUCUGCAAUCUUGGAGUAAAGUCCAAGGCUUGAAGGCCUGUUUCUCCAUCCUCUCCCCCACAGGAAAAAAAACACCCUACACAGGGAGUUCAGCAUAGCUGCAGCCCCUUCUCCUUCAUGGAAAACCAAGCAUCAUGACUUCCACCGCCCAGCAGGAUCAUCGAUACAGUCGGCAAGAGCGUGCUGCGGAGCUGGGACAGCAGGAGCUGGGCUGAACGGGCUUGGGGGAAGAAGAUGACACGGAAAGCGAUAAGGAAGCGGAGCCCAGCUGGACGCAUCUAACUGUUUCUUGAUUAACAGGAAAGCAGUGCAGAGAGAUGAGAAUGAAUCAUUCAUGCUGUACUUGUCACAUCUUCUUUUGAUGAACGUCUCUGAUGUAAAUAAAUAGCUUUUACGUGAA